UACAAAAUGGGGUCUAUGGGCCUCAUACAAGGCGAGAAAGUUUCUCUCUCUCUCUCUCUUCAUUUUGAAAAGAUCACUUUUCCCUCGCCGUAUUCUCUCUCACCGCUCACCACUGUCGGUCACACUCAAUUCAUUCAGCUAAAACUUCAGAAACGAGCUUUGCUGAUAUAUGGCAAAUGAAAGCAGUGCCACUGCUUACGAAGAGGCUCGAAAGCAGAGGCUUUUAGAAAACCAAAAAAGAUUCGAGGAUUUGGGGCUCUUGAAGUUGUCUAAGAACUUAUCGAAUCUCAAAAAGCCGGAGAAAUCCCAGAACCGACAUGUUCGAUCCAAAGCAGCUGAUAACUUCUUGAUAGAGCCAAGGCGCUCUUCUCGUGCACGAAAUCCAGUUCCUUCGUACCGUGAUGACGUCGAUGUUGGGCUUGGUGGGCUUCCUUCAUCGCGUAAGAGAUCAAAGUUGAAUUCUUCAUGGGCAACUUAUCUUGCAAGACCACUCGAAGAAGUCAAAACGGCGUCAUACGAAGAAAGAGUUCGAGCACAUAAGUACGCAGAGAAGCUCCAAAGCAACCUACAAGACGGAAAUCCAUCUUUUGUCAAAUCAAUGGUUCGAUCCCACGUUUAUAGUUGUUUCUGGCUGGGGCUUCCAGGUAAAUUUUGCAAAGACCACCUUUCAAAGUCGACAGUGGAUAUGGUAUUAGAGAAUGAAGAGGGCGAAGAAUACGAUGCCAAGUUCAUUAGUGAGAGAACUGGGCUUAGUGGGGGCUGGAGAGCAUUCGCUCUGGAUCAUAAACUCGACGACGGUGAUGCUUUACUCUUUGAGUUGAUUGAGCCCACAAGAUUUAAGGUUUAUAUAGUUAGAGCAUUUGAUGCUGAGAAAGAACACGAAAAAGAAAACGAGAAAGAGCCGGUUUUGGAACACGGGAGUGAUGGUGAGGGAACAUUAAACAAAGAGACGAAGAACAGAAAGAAGAAGGAUAAUAAUUUGACCAAACCGAAGAAAGAAGAGAGUUCGGAGAUUUCAGGUACAAGGAGGAGUUCGAGGAACAAGUAACCAAACAUGCAAUAGAUGUAGACAAAAGUACCUAGGGUGGCAUAGUCCGACAAACGAUGUUCGUUCAUUGCUUCUUUUUGUAGAUUCGGAUUAACUUGUGGCAAACAUUACAUAAUCAAUUCCAGGUUGAAUGCCUUAUUUUCAUGCU